UUCGAGGAAGAUUAUAAAGUUAUUACCAACGCGAAAGCGCGGAACACGAUGAUUAAAUCUGCAAAAAUUGGAAGACGUCUGGUUACACUUUGUGCGAUCUUCAUGUACGGCAGCGGACUCUCUUUUCGACUGAUCUUGCCAUUUGCCAAAGGAAAAAUCAUCACUCCACAAAAUGUUACGAUCAGACCUCUGCCUUGCCCGGCUUACUUCAUUUUUUUCGAUGUACAAGUCAGCCCUACUUACGAGCUAAUCUUUGCAAUACAAAUAUUAUCCGGGAUAAUCACUUACUCGAUAACAACAGGUUUAUGUGGUCUUGCGGCGGUCUUCGUGAUGCAUAUCUGCGGCCAGUUAAAAAUCUUGAUGAGUUUGAUGAGAAAUUUUGUCGAGGAGAAAUGGCAAGAAAAACGGGAAGUAAACAAGAAGCUGGCAAUAAUGGUUGAACAUCAAAUAAGAAUUCGAAAUUUUUUGCAAUUGGUAGAAAAUACUCUACAACAAGCGUGUCUAAUAGAAUUGACGGGAUGUACGAUGAAUGCCUGCAUUCUAGGAUAUUUUAUAUUAAUAGAAUGGGAAAAUAGCAAUCCAUUAGCUAUGAGCUCUUACUUUACAGCACUUAUGUCCAUGUUGAUAAACAUGUUUAUGUUUUGUUAUACUGGUGAACAACUUACUGUUCAG